UUAUCAGGAUUACGGAUAUAUCAUAAAGUUAUGUAUAAGUUAUGGUACUAAUAUUUAAACAAAACCAGUGAAAUUCAGAUUUUUUUACAUAACUAACACCAAUCACUUACAAGGGGACAUCGUGACAUUUCACAAUCCUACCAAUGGUUUUUAUUUUUACCGUUAAAUAGAAACAACGACAGCUUUCUCAAUUUCUCAUUCAGUCAACAUUAGGUAAAACGGGUAAAACUUACUCGAUUUUGAACAUAUUCUCUAAAAUUGAGGAGAUCCUAAUUGUUGGCAGCCUUUCUUCUACAAGUACGCCCCUCUGUCAAUAUCAGUCAAGUGCCAAAAGAGCCUUGUCACAGUAUUUAUUUUUAUAAUCCGGAUAAAACGUAGUGAUGAUAUACUCUUUGAACCUGGAUCCGGAUCCUAACCUGGGGCUCCGGAUUACUGGUCUGUGUUUAUAUUAGUGAACUUUUCAAGGAACUUUUAUUGAAAAAUUCAAAACAACAAAAGUGAUGGCAUGUGUAGUAAGAAAUUGUAAGUCUCACCGUGGAAUAAAAGGAACCCACGGUAAAAACAUUAGCUUUCAUAGAUUUCCCACAGAUGAAGUUUUUCUAAAUCAGUGGAUUGAUGCAGUGGAUCUCGAACCUGACUGGACACCUAAAAAUUACCAUACUGUAUGCUCAGAGCACUUUACACCGGACUGUUUUACCAAUAUCUGUUCCUACAGAAAACAUAGAAAACUCACUGAAUCAGCUGUACCAACAUUGAACCUACCACAACAGCCAUAUAAAAAAAAAGAGGACCAAACGCCUAAUACAGGCGCUUACCCUACAAUGGUUAUCGUGCCCUUAACACCUAAGUGUACAGAACCCUCUCUCACUCCUUAUUUAAGAUCUUCAGCAAAAACUGAAACUUUUAACCUACCAAAACCCUUAGUUGCGAUUGACAAAACUGAUUGUAGUCAAUGUCUACAGUACAGGGAUCAAAUACAAAUAUUGAAAAAUAAAGUAGAACACCUUGAACAAGCAGCCCGUAAAAGAUUUUCUAAAAUAAAAGCAUUACGACAGAAAGCUAUGAGCCUAGAGUUGCACAAUAGAGAACUAUACAAAUAUAUAGAGAAUAAAGGUGGGAAGAAAAUGGUAAUUGAAUCUAACAAAAAGCGCAGGCGUAAUAUUGAAAGAAGUACAAUGAAGUGUGAUGAUUUACUGCUGGUGGUGAAGGAGGAAGACUCAUUGUAACAAAUUCACUACUAAAAACCGGUCAAGUACGAAUCGUAACACACAAACGUACAUGAUAUACCUAACACCUUUAUGCAGAACUCUGCAAGUUAAUAACGGUCUGCUCCAUCUAUAUGUGAUUUAAUGAAUUAAAUUUUUCGUGAACACAUAAAUUUUUUUUUGGUGAUUUAACCACAAAUUCACGGUUUUCGAAUUUUUUCAUCAAAACAGACAGACAGACAACAAAGUGAUCCUAUAAAGGUAUCGUUUUUCCAUUUGAGGUAGGGAACCCUAAAAAUUCACAACAAGUAAAAGCAUUAGUAAAUA